AAUGUUUCCAAAAAAGUCCUAAAUCUUCAACUGUAUUAUUAUACUUAAAUGAUCUAAUAGCAUAUAGAACAAUCUCAAAGGCCUUUGAAUCACCCAAAUUAACAUUAAGAGUUAGUUUGAUUAAGACUCAGGCAUAAAAACCAUGUGUAAAAUAAAUCCGAAUUGAAACUCAGAUACCAAUCUCAAACUUAUAUUCAGGUAUCUUUUCACCAAAUAUUCGGAAGAUUCCGUUGCCUGUUUUUUGUUUCGUUUUUUAGUAAUUUCACGAUAAGAAGUUUAAAGUGCUUAAAAAACGAGCUUCAAUUUUUAAUUAUUAAUAAAAAAGUAAGGAUGAUUAUGACCAGAGGCCAGUCUAAAAAACACAAAAAAGGAUUAGGAUUACUGUUGAGGUUUGAUAAUGGAAAAGGCGUUGACUUUUUUUAUUCGUCCAUUUGAUUCAACUUCGACCUGAGGGUGAGGGGCGGUAUAAAAGGGCCGAGUUUCGAAAGAAGACUUCAUUUAACGUCAAGACUUUCACUGUUUCAUUCCUUCAAUCAUUUAAAUUAUAUUUUGUUCAAGUGUCAUCAUCAUCAUGUCCUCAUCAACAGUACAACAAAGGCGAAGAAAGCCGAGGGUUGUGUAUAGUGCUGAAGAAGUAAAUAUUUUAGAAAGUGAAUAUUUUCAUUGUAAAGAUCCAGAUAAUAAUGAAAGACUUAGAAUCGCCAAUGAUUUGGGAAAAGAUGCUGAAGAGAUAAAGACUUGGUUUAAGAACCGCCGUUCAAGAGGUACACCAGCAAAAAAAUCUUCAAUUGUGUCUCCAAAGUGUAAUCAAGUUCAAAACAUAAUGAUCUCACGUGAAAAAUAUGAUGUGCCAAAUGGAAACGAGAUGCAUGUUAGUCUUAAUGUGCUUGGUAAAAAUAAACGAGGCCGAAAAGAGCGAUAUGUUUUCAGUAAAGAACAAGUACAAGGUUUAGAAGAAGCUUUCCGUCAACAUCCAAAUCCAGAACACUGGCAGAAAGAUGAAAUUGCUGUAAAAUGGAAUUUGACUCGUGCAAUUGUCACAAAUUGGUUUAAAAAUCGUCGAACCAAAGCCAAGAAGACUUACGGAAAGGAAAAUUCAGUUCCCCCACCGCCACCACCACCUCCACCUCAACCAACAAUUACCUAUCAACCUCUGAUAUCAUUUGAUCAAUAUCCACCAGUGGCUUAUCAACAACCACCACCGCCAACUCAACCUCCAAUUGCCUAUCAACCAGUGAUAUCAAUGGAUCCACAACCUCCAAAAAUACCGGAACCUCCAACAUCAACGUAUCAACCAUCACUGCCACUAUCACCACCAAUGGAAUCAAAUGAUGAACAAUCAAUUUCCUUUGAAUCACUAUUUUUUUAUCAACCUCUAAUGCCAAUUCAACAAGAAUUAAUGGAACCUGAUAUCCCAAUAGAACCCGAAGCUUCUUUAACAUUCACUUCUCCUUUCGAGGACUUUACCACUAGUUUUCUUGAUUAUAUCAAUAAUUAUAACGAUGUAUAAUAAAAUACUUUCAAUAAAUUAUAUUUCAUUUUAAACUUAAUCUUUCACUUCAUUUACGCGAUACUUUUGAAUUCUUUAUAUCCUCUUAUUAUGCAGACCUUGAUCAUUGCGGUGUUUAAUGUAAAACCAAGCUUUCCAAUCAUAAGUAAGUAAUCAGCAACCUUGUCUAAACGGCAA